UCGAUCGACCUCGCGACAUACAUGGAGGCGAUUGCAACACUACCCAACCUGAAGGUCUUCCACUUGUCGGUGUGGGACAACCAGCUGGCUGCGUCGUACCUCGCGUACAUCUGCCGGCAUGUUCCUCCACAGCUCUCCGUCUUGUCGCUCUCGAGCGGGCAAAGCGGGUGCUCCGACGACCGGUCGACCUUCAGUGAUUUGUGGGCGUACUUCACCGACCUGAGCUUCCUGAACUUGCGCAUUCGCGGGAGCUCGAGCACGGCCUUGACGGUGCAGGAGGUGAUCCGCGGUGCGAAGCGCCUGCAGCUGGUGGGCUACGAAAAACAACUGCGCGAGGUCGUGUAUGGCGAUGGUGGGCCCGUCGCGCUGCCCGCUUGGUCCGCUCGCAAGGUCAAGUUGUGUGAGAUUGAGGAUUUUGGAUGCGAGAGCUGGAACUGGGUUAUCAGGCACCUCGUCCUCUGACACCCGCAGAAUUCUUACGGUCGAAACGCGAGGGCAUAUGUCGUUGUUUGCAUUUUCACUCUUCAAUAAUGUCAUGACUCGGAGACCUAUCAAGUUUGCAGUAUUCUAUAACCCUAGCGUGCGCCUGAUUAGCAGA